AUGGCGACAGAGUGUCUGGAGAAGCAUGUCGAGUUCGAGAAAUCUCUCUUCGACCUCAUUCGGGGCCUCCGAAACCACAAAGGCAGCGAGCGCGAGUACAUCGCCGAGAGCAUAAAAGAAUGUCGCAAGGAAAUACGCACCAACGACAUGGACCUCAAGGCCACGGCCCUCAUGAAGCUCACGUACCUCGAGAUGUUCGGCCACGACAUGUCUUGGGCCAGCUUCAACGUCCUCGAGGUCAUGUCAAGCUCCAAGUUCAAGCAGAAGCGCACGGGUUACCUGGCCGCGGUACAGAGCUUUCGACGGGAUACCGAAGUCCUCGUGCUCGCCGAGAACCAGCUCAAGAAGGACAUCAUGAGCUCGAGUCCCCAGUACAUCGCCCUCCCGCUAGGCGCGAUACCACACGUCAUAAACCCGAGCAUGGCCAACUCGGUCCUCUCCGACCUAAUACCGCGGCUGACGCAUUCGCACGCAAUGGUCCGGAAGAAGACCGUCGUAACGCUAUACCGGUUGGCUCUUGUGUAUCCAGAGACACUGCGACCCGCAUGGCCUAAGAUCAAGGAGCGCUUGUUAGAUGACAAUGAGGAUGCGAGCGUCACAGCGGCAAUCGUCAACGUCGUGUGCGAGCUGGGAUGGAGGAGACCACAGGAUUUCCUACCGCUUGCACCGAGACUAUUUGAUCUCUUAGUAGAAGGAGGCAACAACUGGAUGGCCAUUAAACUCAUCAAACUUUUUGCAACAUUAACCCCAUUAGAACCCCGACUCAUCAAGAAACUGCUACCUCCGUUGACCAAGAUUAUACGGGAGACGUCUGCCAUGUCGUUACUUUACGAAUGUAUCAGUGGUAUCAUCCAGGGUGGUAUCCUAGAAGCCGUAGAAGGUACUGCGGAAGGUGAGGAGGUAGCAAAGCUAUGUGUUGGCAAACUACGUGGCAUGAUGAUCAUAGAGGGAGAUGCAAACUUAAAAUAUGUCGCACUACUCGCGUUCGAGAAGAUCGUCACCUCACAUCCAUACUUGGUUUCUCAGCAGCAAGACGUCAUCCUCGAAUGCAUCGACGACCCCGAUAUCUCAAUACGAAUGCGUGCUUUGGAUCUGGUCGUUGGCAUGGUUAAUGCAGACAAUCUCACAGCGAUUGUUGGACGGCUGAUGCGACAGCUACGAAAUGCACCAAUUGCCUCAGCGGCGAGCGAUCCCAACAAUGACCGAGGUAGGCUGACUGGCAUAUCACCUUAUGGCGACGACGACUCCGACGCAGAAGAGAAUCUGCCUCAGCACGAACAGAAAUCCGACCAGCCGCCGCCGCUGCCAGACGACUACAGGAUAAGCGUCAUUCGGAGGAUCCUGGAGAUGUGCUCACGCGAUACUUACAGCAACAUUGCCGACUUCGAAUGGUACAUUGAUGUACUUACUCAGCUAGUCAGGGUAUCACCGGCAACAAAAGCAACCUCGGUUAUGGAAGAGGAGGAAGAAAUAGAACAUUCAGACGACAUCGGUGGUGGCAUCGGACACGAAUUACAGAACGUUGCCAUUCGGGUGAAGAGCGUUCGAUCGGAAGCUAUAGAUGCCGCACAGUCGCUCGUGCUCGUUGAUCGGAGAGACCAAAUGUUCCCAGCAUCCGGAAACGGCGGCCAAGGUGUACUGGAAUACGCUGGCUGGAUGGCUGGAGAGUACGCCAACUACCUCACCCGCCCAGAGCCAGUCAUGACCUCCCUACUACACCCAUCUUCUCUCCAAUUAUCAUCGAGAACGCUCGCUGUGUAUCUCCAAGCGAUACCGAAGGUCUUCUCUAGCAUGGCUGGAAACGAUCAAGUCUCAUGGACUCCGGAGCGCAAGACGCUAAUGUCUCUUCUCAUGGCUCGUAUCAUCCACUUUCUGGAGCCGCUCUCCACACACCCUAGUCUGGAAGUCCAGGAACGGGCAGUUGAGUACCUUGAACUCAUGCGUCUCGCGGCAGAAGCUGCAUCAGGCACUGCUGCUAGCGCUGACCAGGACGCAUUCACCGAUCCACCUCUACUCCUUACCCAAGCUAUACCUGCCCUCUUUUCUGGUGCUGAGCUGAACCCGGUCGCUCCUGGUGCUCAACGCAAGGUUCCUUUGCCUGAAGAUCUGGAUCUGGAUACACCAAUCAACCCCAACCUACAGCAUUUGCUCUACACAGCUGAUGCAGAAGGCUUUGAGACAGAGGAGGAUGAUGUAUAUGCGGCUUAUUCGGAGCCUGCAGCGGCAUACUCAGAGCCUCCUGCUGUUGCUGCACCGGCUGCAGAUCGCCUGGAUGCCCCGCAUAAAGAACCUACAUCAUACCAAAACGCAGCGGAGGAUGAAUAUCUGGACGCUGAUAUCAUUGCGCGUCGGAAAGCUGAAAGAAAAGAACGCUACAAAGAUGAUCCGUUCUACAUCGACCCCGAAGCGGAUAAGGGCAGCGGCGCAGUCACACCACUGAGUAGGAUAGUGCGAGAUGGCAACAGGGAGAACAACGAACUCGAUAUCGAUUCAAUUCCAAUCAUGGAGCUCAAUCUCGACAGCAAAGGGUCAUCGUCUGAACAUCUACCGCGAUCGCGGAGUCCGCGCAAGCCUGUGCGCAAAGUCGACAUCAUGGGCGAUGAGACACUUGGACCUGCUGCACCAGACGCUUCGAGAGAUGACAUCGUGCAACCACGUCCAGGGAAGACGAAAAAAUCACUGUUGCAGGUGGACAGCUCCGGUCUUGGGUCGUUGAGCUUGGAUGACGAAGGCAUAUCGAAUCGCAAGCUCACUCAACUCGAAGUCGAAAGGAAGGCCCAGGAAGACGCGGAGAUGAAGAAGGCGCUCCAGGAAGUCGAGCGACUACGGCUUGAGAUGCAGCGAGCGAGCGAGAGAUUACACGUCAAAGAAGAAGUCGCCGUCAAGAAAAAGAAGAGAAAGGUCAGAAAGGUUGCUGUGGAAGGAGAUGAGCCAGCCGAAACGCCUCCACCGGAAGCGGAAGUUGGUGAAGAGGAAAAAGCAGCGCCUAUCAAGAAGAAGAAAAAGAAGAAGGUCAAACCUGAGGGCCAAGAUGAGAACGCAGCUGAAGGCGCAGCUGAGGGCGAGGAAGAAGGCAAAGUCAAGAAGAAGAAAAAGAAGAGGCGGACUGUGGUCAUGGAUGAGGGUGCCGAUGCACCGGAGGAGUAG